AUGAAGCGGGCAGCGAGACGAUUUGUCACAAAACACCCACACUUUGUGUUGAAGCUUAUCUGUAUAGUAUUACUAUUUUCAUUAAUCGUAUACCUUAAAUCUAACGCUGAUGCAAAGCGAGAGGCUAAACAGCAAAACUCCAAGGGUCGCUUCGAUGCUCCUUCUUCGCAACAGGAUGAUCUCAACCUCGUCAAGCCGAGCACAGAGUUUAUAGCACAUGUUCUGGUGUUCUGUUCGAUGAGACCUGAUGCUCUUAGGAAUCAUUUAUCUCAAUUGUUAAGGCAGCGACCAACUUCUAGUUCUUACAAAAUUGUGAUUAGUCAAGAUGGGAAUAAUGGAGCAGUUCGACAUGUCGCCAAUAAAUUUAAAGAGGACUUUAAGAACGUUUCUUACAUUCAGCACGAAAGAGUCAAAACCAAGAAGGGAAACAAUUAUCCGGCGAUUUCGGCGCAUUAUAAAUGGGCACUUGACAAGGUCUUUUUUGAAAUGAACGCUGAACAUGUAAUUGUGACUGAAGAUGAUUUGGACAUUGGCAAUGACUUUUUCUCGUAUUUUCAAUGGGGAAAGAAGGUUUUGGAUAGUGACAAAACAGUUUGGUGCAUUUCGGCGUGGAAUGACAAUGGCGCUAGGAAUUUAGUUAAUCAGGAAGAUGCUGAUAAAUUGUGGAGAACGGAUUUUUUCCCAGGACUUGGUUGGAUGCUUACAAAAUCACUCUGGGAAGAGCUCUCACCAAUAUUUCCAUCGAGCUAUUGGGAUGAUUGGAUGAGAAGCCCGAGUGUUCGCAAAAAUCGCAGUUGCAUUCGACCAGAACUAAGUAGAACUAGUCAUAAUAUGAAACUUGCCGGAAAAGGCUCUAGCGGGGGAUUAUUCAAAGAUUUCUUGAGCAAAAUAGAAGCGUCAAAGAAUUUCAUUGAAUUCAUGUGGAUUCCAACAUCUGUUGUGGAAAAGAGCAACUACGACAAGAAGUUGGCCGAAGAGAUCAAGAACGCGAAGCUUGUGAAUAUGACCGAAUUGCAUCUUCUCGACAUUUCCGAUUCGCACAACUACAAAGUCGCAUUUGACAAUGUGCGAAAAUGGAAUGAAAUCGCCAAGUUCUUCAAAAUAAUGACGGAUAUUAGGGGUGGGAUGCAGCGAACAGCAUAUUAUGGCGUCGUUACGCUAAUGUACCAAGAGGCGCGUUUUUAUAUUGUUCCCGAGGAGACUGCAAACAAUCCCAACCAGCUAACAAGUUAUGUGUAUGAUGAGAAGUGGGACAAACAGAAUCGAUUUCUCGAGUUUGAAGCCUUCUAUUGCAAGAGCAAGAAAUACACUGGAAAAUGCGACCCGCAUAGCCCGGAAAUGUUUGAAUUUUUCACAAAGAAGGGCUGGAAAAAGCGUCUAGCCGAUUGGGGAGAGAUGAUAGUCGUUUAG